AUGACAAGAUUAGAAAAUAACACAACAAUUUUAAUAAGAGUAGCCAGUUUUGGCAAAGAUUAUCAUUUAAAAGUAGAAGUCCAAGGCGAUUAUAAAAGUAUUGGGAGUGUAGCCCGUGAGUUUACAUUGAAAUUAAAGAAAGGUGAAAAUCCAUUAGGCAAAGAUAGUGAAAGUGGUUUAAAUGAGUAUUUUAAUAUUGAUAACAAAGGACUAACGCAUUAUUAUAAAAAAUUAGGCAAAGUUAGUUAUGAAAAUCCGAUUGUGAAUGAGGAAAGUUAUAGUUUUAUAAGUUUAACCGAUAAUAGAUUUGAAUUAAUUUUUCCUUAUAAUGUAGGAUUAAAAAUUAGCGAAAAAGUAGAAAGGCAAGGGUUAGGAGAUAAUUUUGUUUUAGAACCAAGAAAGGAAAAAGGCACAUUGUUCUAUAAGGUUAAAGGUGAGAAUGAAAAAGACUUAUUCUUAUUUAUCGGUCAACAUUACGGAAAUACUUAUUAUAUUGGUUGUAGAUUACAGCCCCAUAGCCAUAAUAAAUACAUGGUUGAUAUAGACCAAGCGGAUUUUGAAGUAUUAAGUGAGGGAAAAUUAAUUGGUGAAUAUACUCCUCCGAAAGAAGUUUUAAAACAUUAUUCACUUAAUUAA